AUGCACUCAACAAGUUCAUCGAGUCGAGAUGGACCAGAGCCCAGCAUCCACGCCGAGGGGAAAGAGAAGCAGGCAACGAGAAGAGGGGCAGUGGUUAAAGGUUGCAAUGGGGAGGUGGACUCUGCGAUGGCAGAAGCGAUUGGUGAGGUGCUAGCAGAGAGCUCUCCCUGGCUUCAAGAUGGGAAACUGCUUGAGCCGAAGGGGAAGUCGUCUGCCUGGCGCCGCAGAGGUCAGACACCAAGAGCGAAAGGCAAGCCUUCUGUUCAUCCUUGUGAGCGCAUCAUGCUGUUCCUUUUCGUGUUCCUUGUCCUCCUAGUGCUGUCUGCGUUCUUGCAGCUGCAGUUCCCUGGCCUCUACCAAGAGGCAGCCAGCUCAGAUGAGGAUUGCAUGGACGACACCUGUGACGCUUUUCGACUGCCUGGCUUGACGAUGCCCGUCUCAGAGGAGAUGAUGGAAAAGCUGGCGCAGAGGAGGAGAGAGAUCCCGGCGCUGAAGUUAGAGCAGAUCUUGCAGCUCCAGAGGCGCAGCAUCGAUCUCCUCCAGAUGGAGAUCUGCCAACAGACCUUGCUGAAAGCGGCGUGGCGAGCGAGGCGAUCUUCGGGUGCCGGAGAUGAAAAGCUGCUCGCGGCGGACGAGGCGUGGCACGUGGCCGUUGGAAGGCGUGGCUUCAAGGUCCGGCUGCACAUCUACGACGUGUCUCACGACCUGACCGUGCAGCGGCUCAACCGGAUCCUGGCCAAUCAGGAGGCGCCUCUGAAGCUAGGUGGCAUCUUCCACGCCGGGAUCGAAGUCAACAAGACGGAAUGGGCCUUUGGAUGCGAGAGCGUGAGCGAAGAGAUCGAGACGGGCGUCAAGACGUGCCAGCCGAAGCAGAAUCCUCAGCACCACUACCGCCAAACGGCAUCUCUGGGCCGCACCAUCCUCACCCGAGAAGAAGUUGCUGCAGUCUUGGCCAGCAUGGCAGAGGAGUACUCAGCAGAGAGCUACGACUUGCUGCACCGAAACUGCUGCCACUUUGCAGAUGAACUCUGCCUGCGACUAGGAGUCAAGCGGCCGCCCAGAUGGCUGCUUCGCCUGGCCAAGCUGGGAGCCGCUGGCCAAAAGCAGAUCCGCUUGCUUGCCGCUUUGGCGCUUUGGCGCUUCUGUUUCGUCCGGCGUUUGGUUGAGGCAGCCGUGGAUCAGCUGCUGCCCGCGCCGAUCCGUGACGUGAUGCCUUGGCAAGAAUGA